UUUUUUUUUUGGUGUAUGUGUUGGGGAAGAAAGAGCUCAGCUUUUUGAUUGCUUUGCUUCAGUUCUUAUCUUUCUUACACACACACAUAUAAAUACAUAUACAUACAUACAAGUGUAUGUAUAUAUAUGUGUGUGUAUCAUCAUUCACCUUUAGCCUUUCUAGAAUACCUAAGAGCUAAGCAUUUGUUUUUGCAAAAAUCUUCUCCUGUUUUUGGAGCUUUUUUCUGCCUCUUUGUUAAUAAAAUCCCAUCUUUUUCUGUCACUCGUUCUUUCAGAAAAAUCCAUUAAUCCACUUGCAGAUUGUCUUUUUUUUUUUUUUUUUUUCAAAAAAAAAAAAAAAUGUCCGUAGAUAGGAUUUUUCUGGAGCCAUCCUCGAAGCAAAUCCCUGAUCUUGCACUCCACAUUAGCCCUCCAAUUUGCAGCAGCCAUUCGUCGUCGUCAUCGUCUUCUCCGACAACCAUGGCUGCUGAAAUGAUCAACAAUCUUAAAUCCAGCAGAAUCUGCAGCUACAAUAAUCAUAAUAAUAAUUCGAUUACGGACAAUAAUCCAUUGAUCGAACUCUCCUUGUCCCGAAACGACGAAAUCAAUCGAAGACAAAGCCUUCAGGAAGAUCAUCAGCAGCCACAAAACCCUUACCGAAGCUUCCACCAAUCGAACACGCAGCUCAGUCAGGUGAAUCAUGGGGUUUCUGUGCUGGAUGUAUCCGACGGCGGAUAUACGCCCAUCAAGGGCAUCCCGGUGUAUCCCAACCGUCCGUUCCCCUUCCUCCCUGAUCAUAAAGAUCCGAUUAAGAUGUGCUUCUACCAAACGACGCCGUUUCCUCCUCCUCCUUCUUCUUCUUCUUCUUCCUCCUCUUCAUCUUCUUAUUUUGCCUUGGAUCGGCAGAUUCCCUAUUUUUCCGAUGCGUCGUCGUCUUCUCCGGCGGGGGGUUACAGAAUCGGCGGCGGCGUCAGAUACAAUGGGCUGCCGUCGUCGACCUACCCGUCGUCGCACUAUCAUCAUUACCAGAAUCAUCAUCAUCAUCAUCAUCAUCAGUACGGUGGCGUGGGUACGCAUUCUUACGAGGUAUCUCAGAAUGGGAUUGUGAGAUCGAGAUUUGUUCCGAAGCUUCCGGCGAAACGCGGCGUUAGGGCGCCGAGAAUGAGAUGGACGAGUACACUUCACGCGCGCUUUGUUCAUGCAGUUGAGCUUCUUGGCGGCCAUGAAAGGGCGACUCCGAAAUCAGUACUGGAGCUAAUGGAUGUAAAGGAUCUCACUCUUGCUCAUGUUAAGAGCCAUUUGCAGAUGUAUAGAACAGUUAAAACCACUGACAAACCAGCAGCUGCUUCCUCAGGGCAUUCAGAUGGCUCCGGCGAAGAUGAUCUCUCCACAAUCGGCAGCUCCGGCGACCGUCCCGGACUCCGGCUUUUCACCGAUCAACGAGGACCGACGGAUGGAUCUAAUCUACCGGCUCAGAAUAAUGCAGAUUACACUAACCCCACUGGCUGCACACUAUGGAGCAACUCUUCAAGCCGAGAGGGAUGGCUACAAUCAAAUAAAUCUGGUGAUGAUUCUAACGGCGAUGGCUUCAUCAGAUCAUCAUCGUCAUUUCCUUUGCAAUCAACUUUAAGUCGUGUGAUCGAGGAGAGCUUAAUUAAUUGUUCAGAUGAGGCGAAGAGGUGUGCAGAAAAUUGCAAAAGGCCGAGUCUGGAAUUCACUUUGGGGCUCAACUCAACUAAUAAUUGGGAGGAUAAUGUUGAAGACGAUGACGAAGAAGAAGACGACAAAUGAACCUAAGCUCCAUUAAUUAAUCAAUUCAUCAGGUCAUAUCAUCUCGAUCGAAAUCUCUCUCUCUCUUUCUCUCUCUCUCUAAAACCAUAUUCUCUCUCUAUAUAACAUAGAGAGAGAGAGAGAGAGAGAGAGAGGGAGAGGGAGAGGGAGAGGGAGAGGGAAGGAGAGAGAGAUUUCUUUGUGAUCAGGUGAAUGAUGAAGCAAAAGUUGAAUGUGUUAUUUCUUUGAUAGAGCUCAGCUUCUUUUUAUUUUAUUUUAUUUUUAUUUUUUGGUCUUUUUUGAAUUUUGUAUUCAUUAAAAUUACUAUUGUCACAUCAUAUAUGUUAUAUGGUACUUUUGGAAAGUUGGUGUAUUGGUGUUUCGAAAAAACAGGCUUUUGUCUUUCAACUAAAGAUAUGA